AAAAAACAUUUUUCCAUAAUAUACACACCGUGUCGCGUUCUAAUUUAAUAAUUUAAUUAUUCUCGUCGACACGUUUGCGUUUCGUAUUCACCUAUAUCGUAUAUUAUAGUAGUGCAAUCAUAGUUAUAGUAGACUGCUCGUUGUCCGGGGAAAAACUUAACCACAACGAGACGGAGCUACGAGCUAGUACAGUGAGAAACAAAAAAAAAAAAACGUAAAACACGAUCGACGGUAAUCGAUUGGAAACGCUGCGAAUACGCAUAUUAUAUAGUGUACACCGACGUAUACGUUUUCCCCGCGGGCACGCGUUUUGUUGCGUUUAAACGCUAUUUGACUACUAUCGCAUACGAUUUGUAAGCGAUCGGUCAGUGUUCGACGAUCGCAAUCAAUCGUUAUUAUUAUUGUUUCGGGCACAACAGUGUGGUGUUUCGCGCUCGCGUUUUGACGGCGAUCGUCCCGGAGUCGUACACAGUCGUUCGUGGCGCCUUAUGAAUCGUAACGUAAAAGAGUGUUCGGUAAUAUUAUAAUAUAUUAUAUUCUAAUCAUCGUGGUCUGCGCGUUAGUGUUCGACAUACGAUUAUUAUUACUAUUAUUAAACAUGGUUGUUUUCUCGUCGGCUCCUAUACGAUAUGAUGUCAUUUUAAUUGUAUUGUGAAAGUUCACAACGCGAAAUCCGCCACCGCCACUGUGCCGAUCGCGAGUUGCCGGCAUCGCGUUCGCGUGCAGGCGGUGGUCGAGUGGGUUGACACGGCAGCGUGGGCUAGUGCUUUUUUACAAUUUUUUCGCAGCACCGGACCGACCGCCGUCGUCUCCGUCGACCACACCAGUUUUGGCACUCUUCGACGUCCGACCACUGGACGAUUUGUUAGGUCCACCGUAUCUGCAGUGAACUUAUUACUACUAUUGUUUGCUUCUGCGUAAAACAACGAAAAUCGGAAAAAAUAAAAUAAAAACUGCUGACAUGCGACCUUCCACGAUGGCGGUUAAGUGUGUUGUGCUACUAUUAUGGUGUUGCGGCGGAUUUGCGGUGUCUACGUCGAACGAUCAAAACACCACCAGAGGAGUGGACGAAUUCUUGACGUCGUUGACGCAAAUGAUCGGAACCGUUUUGAACACCGACGCCAGGUAUUCGGGAAUAUUCGGCGACGGAUCUCAGUCGGUUUCUGGUCGGCCCAACCGUCCGCCCGCCGCCGAUUAUUUCGAGACCGGUCGACCGCCUUUUCUGAACCGACCCCCAGUAGGCAGGCCGUACCCUCCGCCGUACCCAGAAAAUGGUGGACCAUAUCCUGCUCCGUAUCCAGAAAACGGUGGACCGUACCCUCCGCCGUACCCGGAUAAUGGUGGAUCGUAUCCUCCGCCAUUCCGCCCCUACGGAUAUCGUCCCGGUCCAGGCGCUGCGGCGGUCGAUUACCUGCAGCAGAACUCCAUCGUUCAAGCACUGAGUUCCAUAUCGCAACACGACGACUUGAGGUGUGUUCCCAGACUGCUGUGCGAAGUAUCGUCCGGUACCAGGCCUGGUUAUAACCAGCAAUACGGUUACUACCAGCAGCAGCAACAACAACAGUCCUCCAUACCGUUCCUCUCCAAAGACGCCUUGAUCACAUUGUUGACCGUGUUGAACUUCGUGGACGAUUCGCCGCUGCUCAUGUUCGGCCGAGCAGCGUUGUUGGGGUACAAUGCCCGUGGCGAUCCCAGAUAUUGCACGACAGCGUAUCCGACCUGUCCCAGAGACCCCGAUCAGCUGAUCAACUACCUGAAUAACCACAAUGGUGGUUUCUUCCGGUUCUUCAACCAACAACUACCGCAAUACGCUCCCCAGUACGCAAGUCACCAACGGCCGCCGUACCCGCAACGUCCUCCGUACCCGGAUCAGCCUCCGUACCCACAGCGUCCUCUAUACCCGGUACAGCCUCUGUACUCGCAAAGGCCUCCGUUCUUACAACAACGGCCUCCGUACGUGGGACAGCAACAGAACUACGCUCCCCAAUACCAGAGGCCGCAACAGCAUUUUGGAAACGGAUACAAGUCUCGAGUCGACGACCAACAGAACCCGAGAAUACUGAGCGGAUCGCCGGACCAGUACUAUGACGUGCCUUCGGUUUACGACUUACAGUUGGACCGUCCGAGGCCGACGCCGAUGAAGUUUCCGUCGGCGAUCGAUAACGGCGGCGCUUCGAAUUCGAUCUCGCACUUCGCGUUUCCGUCUGAUCACAACGGUGGAGGGGGCGGAAACCGGCAGGCGAAAAAAAUAAAAAUGAUUUUUCCAGACAGAACCGGCACGGGCGGUCUUCGGGCCGACUUAGACAAGUACGGUAACUACAAGGGCGUAUAUUACGCCGAGGGUGCGAUCAAGUUCGUCGACGACGGUACCUCAAACGGCGGUCGACCGUCCACCAUCAGACUUCCACAACAGAGGCCGGUCGACGAUUUCAGCGUGCUCGGCAACCGGUUGCCCUACGAAAGACGGCCCAAGUUUCAGUUCCCCAGGACUUCAGAGUGAUCUGGUGAUAAAAGUAGUUCAAUAGCGGUAUAUACGCGUGGUACAUCGGUGAGGUAUAAUUAAACGCGUCUCCUCGUUACCAACAGUGUUUAACCACUAUUUGAUAUUUAUAGAAAAAAUUAUUUAUUCAAGUAUAUAAUAUAUUGUACAAAUUUUAAGGAAAAUUAUAUAUAUACCUUAAUAUAACACAAAAAUACGUAAAACACGUUAGUAAAUUUCAGACUCGUUUAUAAUAUGCUUAUACUCAGUGCAUAAUAUAAAGAUAAUAAUGGACGUGACUUCUGUCUUUAUCGUCAAAUAUGUAUGGACACCCACUCGAAUACUUAACAUUACAUGAAUUGUACCUACUCGUGAUUUAAAUAAUAUUAUAUUACGACAAUAGAUCACUUACUCAUCUCCCUUUACCGGAAACGGUUAUACUUUAUACCCACACACUACUCAUCCAUUAUAAUAAUUUGUUUAAAUAGCUGUAACUGUAUGACAACUGACAAGACAAGUAAUAUGUUAGAUCUUACAAACCUUUCCAAAUUCCAAUUAUGUAUGUUAUCACUUAUCGCGAAUAAUAUAUGACAAUAAUGUGUUGUUGAU